CUCUAAACUCGGCCUUUGGGAGUUGCCAGGCCACCCAGACAAGCCAAGACGACACGGGAUGGCAGCGAAGGAGUCCAGCCUCGUGGCGCCGGAGCGAGCGCUCGACGUCGAGGAAGAGUGGAGCCAGGAGCGCCUGCCGCUGCAUGUCAAGAACGUCGUCGGGACCAUUGACGUCCAAGUCCCGCUCGACCUGACGACGAUUGCGCUCAAUGCGCGCAACACCGAGUACAAUCCGCGGAGGUUCGCCGCAGUCAUCAUGCGGUUACGAGACCCAAAGACGACCGCGCUCAUCUUUGCGUCCGGCAAAAUUGUGAUCACGGGCGCCACCACAGAGAAGAACUGCCGCAUUGCCGCGCGCAAGUACUGCAAAGUGCUACAGAAACUCAACUUCCCGGCCAAGUUUGAGAUGUUCAAGAUCUGCAACAUGAUGGGCACCAGCGACGUGCGCUUCCCGAUCCGCCUCGAAGGCUUGCUCAACGACCACUCGCGCUUCUGCACUUACGAGCCCGAGCUCUUCCCAGGCCUCAUCUUCAAGCUCGUCGAGCCCAAGUUGACGUUUCUAAUAUUCGUGUCGGGCAAGCUCGUCAUUUGCGGCGCCAAGGAGACGAGCGACAUGCGGUUAGCACUGGAGAAGAUGCAUCCGCUGCUACUCGAGUACCGGAAAAUGGCGCCGGCGCCGUCGCUAGAGAGCCUUGAUUUCGAGGAAGACGCAGAUAUCGACCAACACAAAAUAUAAGUACGUGUGCACACCACU